GCCGGCCUCAGGUUGGUGGCGGGAGGCGGGGACGGCUGCGGGCGCGGGGAGGGGGCGCCCGGCGCAGGGGCCAUGACCGAUCCCGGAAGCCCGGAGCCCGAGAGCCGGGCCUGCAGCCCCAGGGACGCCGCCGCCACCAUGGCCCCACAGCAGCUCUUCCGCGCGCUCGUGUCGGCGCAGUGGGUGGCCGAGGCGCUGCGGGCUCCGCGCGCGGGGCAGCCCCUGCAGCUGCUCGACGCCUCCUGGUACCUGCCGAAGCUGGGCCGCGACGCGCGCCGCGAGUUCGAGGAGCGCCACAUCCCCGGCGCCGCCUUCUUUGACAUCGACCAGUGCAGCGACCGCACGUCGCCCUACGACCACAUGCUGCCCAGCGCCGCGCACUUCGCGGAGUACGCGGGCCGCCUGGGCGUGGGCGCCGCCACCCACGUCGUGGUCUACGACGCCAGCGACCAGGGCCUGUACGCCGCGCCGCGCGUCUGGUGGAUGUUCCGCGCCUUCGGCCACCGCACCGUGUCGCUGCUGGACGGCGGCCUCCGCCACUGGCUGCGCCUGGGCCUCCCGCUGAGCUCGGGCAAAAGCCGCCCCGCGCCCGCCGCCGACUUCCGCGCCGCGCUCGACCCCGCCUUCGUCAAGACCUACGAGGACCUCAAGGAGAACCUGGAAUCCCGGCGCUUCCAGGUGGUGGACGCCCGCGCCGCCGGCCGGUUCCGGGGCACCGAGCCCGAGCCCCGAGACGGCAUCGAACCUGGCCACAUCCCCGGCACUGUGAACAUCCCCUUCACAGACUUCCUGACCAGCGAGGGUCUGGAGAAGAGCCCCGAGGAGAUCAACCAUCUGUUCCAGGACAAGAAGGUGGACUUGUCCCAGCCGCUGGUGGCCACGUGUGGCUCCGGCGUCACAGCCUGCCACGUGGCACUGGGAGCUUACCUCUGCGGCAAGCCCGAUGUGCCCAUCUACGACGGCUCCUGGGUGGAGUGGUACAUGCGCGCCCAGCCGGAGGAAGUCAUCUCCGAGGGCCGGGGGAAGACCCACUGAGGCUGGGCAGGACGCAAGGAGCUGUGCCAGAGUCAGUUCUGACUCUGCUUUGACCAAGUGUGUGUUUCUUCCUGCAAGUCAGGUGGCACACAGGGGAACAUCCCAGAGCCCAGGAAUUCUGUUGACUUGUGGGCUUCCGACAGAGGCCGGAGAGAAGGUGGUGGUGGGCGCAGGGGAAGGCAGCCUCCCACCUGCUGAGGUGAGGCCCUCCCUCCCUUCUGUUUCACUAAUGAGGAAAUAAAAUGGCCAAGUGCCUAAUCUUUCUAA